GUUUAGUGGAAGGCGGAAACGGAAACCGGCGGAGACGUGCAUGACUGACUGCCGUGUGAGGCGUGUGAGGACUCGCAAGAAGCAAGAAGUGGGAACAGCAGCUUCUGAGUUUCUUGCCUCGCUUUACCAGCUUUGCCAUGGAAGGGUCAAGGUUACAUUGCAAAAUUGGCCCUUCGAUUCUGAACUCUGACUUAGCUAACAUAUAUGAAGCAUCGCAACACUUACUUGACAGCGGAGCCGAUUAUUUACACCUAGACGUGAUGGAUGGGCAUUUCGUACCAAACCUCACUUUUGGUCACCCUGUUGUUAAGUGCCUGAAAAGUAAGCUCCGAACGACGUUUUUCGAUAUGCACAUGAUGGUGCUACACCCUGAGAAGUGGGUGUCCCCAAUGGCUGACGCUGGAGCUGACCAGUAUACAUUCCACUAUGAAGCCACAAGUGACGCUGUUGACCUUGCAAGAAAGGUUCGGGAAGCUGGAAUGAAGGUAGGUGUGGCAAUCAAGCCAAAAACAGCUGUAGAAGUGAUAAUGCCCCUGAUAGAACAUGUGGACAUGGUUCUUAUUAUGACCGUGGAACCCGGAUUUGGAGGCCAAAGCUUCAUGACGGACAUGAUGCCUAAGGUGCAGCUGCUGCGCUCCAGAUUCAAAGACCUGGACAUCGAAGUUGAUGGCGGGGUGGGCCUGAGUACAAUUGAGGCAUGUGCUGAGGCUGGUGCGAAUAUGAUUGUUUCAGGAACAGCCAUAACAAAAAGCAACAAUCCAAAGGAUGUGAUCACGAGACUGCGCCAUUCUGUGGAAAGUGUUUUACGUAAGAAUGCCAUUAGAAGCUAGCAAAGCACUUCAGUUUUAAACAUGUAAUUGGGGGGGAAAAUCAUGCAAAUUUUGCUUUGUAAUUUUUGGUUGAAGAAUUCAAUAAAUGCUUGUUUUUC